AUGCCUUCCCUUUUGGACCAGGCCACGCGCAUCGCGCGCGACUUCGACUACCCCGCCGACCAAGUGCAGCGCGGAGUGAAAGAGUACAUCCGCCAAUCCGAUGAGGGUUUGGCCAAGGAAGGCACAACUUUGAGCCAGAUUCCAACUUUCGUGACCGCUGUGCCAAAUGGGACCGAAAAGGGUCUUUACCUGGCCGUUGACCUUGGUGGCACCAACUUCCGUGUGUGCUCGGUCCUCUUGCACGGCGAUACCACCUUCUCCCUCACUCAGUCUAAGAUCCUCAUUCCCCGGGAAUUGAUGGCCUCGGGUACCUCCAAGGAUCUCUUCCUCUUCCUGGCCCGCCAGAUUGAAUCUUUCCUGCGCAUUCACCACAACGAACACUUUGAAGCCCACCAGCUUCGUCGCCGCGAAGAUAGCAACGCGGAGGAUCUGUUCGAUCUCGGCUUCACUUUCAGUUUCCCUGUGCGCCAGUGCGGCAUCAACCGCGGAACCCUGAUCCGUUGGACCAAGGGCUUUAACAUUCCCGAUGCCGUUGGCCACGAUGUGUGCGCCUUGCUUCAGUCCGCUAUUGAUGAACUGAACCUGCCGGUGCGCGUGGCUGCGCUGGUCAACGAUACCGUUGGUACUCUGAUGGCUCGCUCAUACACCUCUCCAGGUGAGACUGGUACUUUCCUCGGUGCUAUCUUUGGAACUGGUACCAACGGUGCCUACGUUGAGAAGACCAAGAACAUUACCAAGCUCCAGCACAUGAAGGAUGCUCACUUCGACAACUCUACCGGCGAGAUGAUCAUCAACGCUGAGUGGGGUAGCUUUGACAACCACAUGAGCGUUCUCCCUACUACUGUAUUUGAUGACGAGCUCGAUGCCGACAGCAACAACCCCGGUGUGCAGAUGUUCGAGAAGCGUGUUUCCGGCAUGUUCCUGGGCGAAAUCCUGCGUCGUGCUCUUCUGUCCCUCCACAAGAACCCCGAAUUGGGAUUGUUCAAGGCAAACAAGAACUCCAAGGUCACCAUCUCCGAGAAGUCCAUGCUCUUCCGCCAGUGGGGUCUUGACACCAGCUUGCUCAGCUCCGUUGAAGCUGAUAACAGCAAGGACCUGGUGGAUAUCCAGACCGCAUUGAAGGAUCACCUCGAGAUCGAGAACCCCAGCCUCGAGGAGUGCCAGGCCAUCAAGAUCUUGGUCCACGCCAUCGGCAAGCGUGCUGCUCGUCUGAGCGCUGUUCCCCUGGCCGCUAUCAUUACCUCGACCAACAAGCUGGCUACCGACGACAUCAUCGAUGUUGGUGUUGACGGCAGUCUGGUUGAGUUCUACCCCAACUUCGAAGGACACCUGCGUGGGGCUUUGCGCGAGGUCCCCGAGGUUGGAGUCGCCGGCGACAAGAAGAUCCGCAUCGGCAUCUCUAAGGAUGGUAGCGGUGUCGGCGCUGCCUUGAUCGCCCUUGUCGCUAGCAAGGACGCAGGCCUCGAGGUUCCCCACGAGAUCUAA